CGUUACAGGCUGGUUUUCGGGAUGCUGUACCCUGCCUACGCUUCCUACAAGGCUGUGAAGACCAAAAACAUCCGGGAAUACGUCCGCUGGAUGAUGUACUGGAUCGUCUUCGCGCUCUUCAUGGCCACCGAGACCUUCACCGACCUCCUCAUCUCCUGGCUUCCCUUCUACUACGAGGUGAAGAUGGCGUUUGUCGUCUGGCUGCUCUCCCCCUACACCCGGGGGGCCAGCCUGCUCUACCGCAAAUUCGUGCACCCCACGCUGUCCCGCAAGGAGAAGGAGAUCGACACGUACCUCAUCCGG